CUAAUAUAUUUUGAUUUGUAUAAUUUUUAUUUAAUUAUGGAUAAAAUUUAAUUUUGAUAAGUUGCAAAAAAAAGAUACUCCGCAGUAAAAUAAAGGACUUGCAAUUUCUGGUUUCUCAAUUUUCUGUUUCGACUUGUCACCGGUCUCUCCACGCUCACACGCCUCAGCCGCCGCUCGCCGAUAGGCGCUUCGCCUUCAGCCGCUGCUUGCCGACCGACGGUUCCUCCCCACCAUCAAACGCUCCGCCACAGAAAUGUUUGAUAAUCUAGGUGCACAACCUGGAGUUCCCAGACCACCAACUUCUGUGCCGCAAAAUGCAUUUGGAAAUCCAUUCAUUGGUGCAGGAUCUGGUUUAAUAAGAGGUGGGCUAGGUGCAUAUGGAGAGAAAAUUCUGGGUACAAGCUCAGAAUACGUACAAAGCAAUAUAAGCCGUUACUUUUCGGAUCCCCAGUACUACUUCCAAGUCAAUGACCAGUAUGUGAGGAACAAAUUGAAAGUUGUACUCUUUCCGUUCCUGCAUAGGGGCCAUUGGACAAGGAUCACAGAACCAGUAGGUGGCAGGCUCUCAUAUAAGCCCCCAAUCUAUGACAUAAACGCUCCGGACUUGUACAUCCCUUUUAUGGCAUUUGGCACCUACGUUGUCCUUGCUGGUUUAUCAUUGGGUCUCCAGGGAAGGUUUAGCCCGGAAGCAAUAAACUGGCUGUUCAUGAAGGGUUUGGUCGGGUGGUUCUUACAAUGCUUGUUGCUGAAGAUGACACUUUUCUCCCUUGGCAGUGGUGAAGCACCUUUACUGGAUAUCGUGGCAUAUGCAGGAUACUCUUUUGCAGGGUUGUCUAUAGCCGUAUUGGGAAAGAUUUUCUCAAGCUACGCAUACUAUUUCUUGAUGCCAUGGGCAGGUCUGUGCAUGGGGGUAUUUCUGGUAAAGACGAUGAAGAGGGUGCUUUUCGCAGAGGUGAGGACUUACGAUUCUAGUAGGCAUCAUUAUCUCCUUCUCUUCAUUGCAUUGGCUCAGUUCCCCCUUCUCUUUUGGCUUGGAAAUAUAACCAUUAGUUGGUUCUUAUGAAGUAUGAGCACAAUGAUUAUUGAUGCCUCUAUGAUAAAUGAGGGGUAUUUCUGGAAAAGAUGAUUAUUGAUGACUGAUGCCUUGGCAAUGAGGGUAAUUCUAGCAAAGAUGAUUAUUGAUGCCUUGGCCUUUCUUGUUUAUUUGUGUAAUAUUUUUGGUGCUUUUUAUGAAUCGAUUGUAUCAUCUUUGUUCAAGAGAAUAUGUAUCAUGCACUAUAUUGCACUUUCCAAAUUUUGAUUUUUUUAUAAACUUUCUAAACAUCA